AUGCUGCCACAGUUCCUAAGGCCGAGAGGCGGAUAUAUACUUCAAACGCAGCAGACGUCUCCGGGACAGAGACAGAAGCUCCUGCUGCAGCGUCCGGCAAGCGUCGGGCACCUCUCACAAGUGGAUGCGCAGCAGUUGCAGCAGCUGCAACUGCAGCAGCCGCCACUGUGGGAGCCGCGGCAGCAACUGCAGCAGCAGCAGCUAGUGCGGCAGCAGCAGCAGCAGCAGAAGCACGAGCUCGAAAGGGUGACCAGCGCAGUACAACAACGCAGGCAAGAUUUUCCAGCCUGGCCUUGGAAGUCUUCGAGAGGAGUAGUCAAUUCGUGGACGGAAAGUGAAGCAGAUGUUUCCGAGAAACAGCACAAAAACAUUGCUAGUUCAUCAAACUCGUCAAUCGGAAAGGAAGCAGCUGCUGAUGGGAGAAUUGAUGAGGACGCGUACGAAGCCUGCUGCAAUAAGCUGUGGGCCGUCUCACCGGCAGAUCUGUUCUCUCUAGACAUCACAGCGGCAUGCCAAGGGUCAACAGGUUCUCUGCAAAGGGCAGCAGCUGCUGCUGCUGUUGCAGUACAACAAGAAAGAAGACAAGCAGCUUUCGGAUCUGCUAUGAAGCAGCUGCUUGAUGCAGAGAAUGAGGCGCAGCAGAUGUGCAAGUCGCCAAAGACAGGCAGGCCCAGCGCCGCCGACAAGUCUUGA